AUGCAACGCGUAGCUGCAGGUGUUAAUGCAGAUGAAUGCAAGCGGGGAAUGCGAGGUAGAGCGGGGGCGACUAAUCAAGUGCACGAUAAUGCGGCGGCUAGUAGGGAGAAGAGAAGGGUCAGGCUAUCCCCACCAAUUACUUCAUGGGAUAGUGGAUUAAGUGCUUUGAAAGAUACCCUUAAAUUAAAAGCCACGAUUACUAAAAAAAUCAGAGUGUGCGAAGAUGCAACCGACUACAACGAUUACCAUCUCGUUGAUUACUUGACUGGCGAUUUCCUCGAAGAACAAUACCAUGGACAAAGAGAUAUUGCAGGAAAGGUGUCCAAUUUGGAGAAAUUGAUGGCGAGUUAUGGAAUACUUGGAGAAUGGCUGUUCAAUAAGAAGCUCUAUUGUUUAGAUAUCGUUUAA